AGUCUUCAUCAUCGAUCAUCUACGCUUGACUGAUCCAACGAUGUUGAAGCAUGCAGUUCUUCCACCGUCCCUCCUCUUCUUCCCUCGCCACCCCUCCCUCCCCGGCGCUGGAGCCUCCAGCGUCGUACCCUUCAGCCAACAACGGCAAUGGCGGCGCCAGCGCUGCCAGAAUAACAGAGACAAUAACAACAAGGUGCGCCGCGCCGUGUCCUCGUUGUUGGAGCAACCAACCUUCGUGAUCGAGUCGAGACGGGUCACCGGCCUGCUGACGAUAGGAGGAGUGUUUGAGCCAAUGGAGACUACGCAGUCGGGGGAGUCUUUGCGUCGGCCGGCUCUGCAGCUCAUUCUCCUCAGCGAUGACCUUGACCAAACAGGAUGGGAGAAGAAGACGGAGGCGGCGUUAUGCUACGAGCCCAAGAAAGGAACCGGUAGCAUCACAUACGAAGUAAGUUUUAGCGUUCCGGCAAAUUUUGGAGAGAUCGGAGCGGUCGUCGUCCGGAAUGAGCUCGACAUCGAGCUGUUUCUCAAUGACAUCGUUCUCAUGAUCGACGGCGAUAAUUCCGUUCCUCUUCUGUUUGAUUGCAAGUCGUGGUUGCACCCCAAGUUCGUCAGAGUCUUCUUCUCCAGCAACAAGUCUUACCUUCCGUCGAAAACGCCGGCGGGGCUGGUGGGCCUGCGGCAGCAUGAGCUGCAUAUUCUGCGUGGCUCCGGCACUGGCGAGCGGAAGAAGUUCGAGAGGAUCUACGACUACGACGUCUACAAUGACCUGGGAAACCCAGACAGCGACCCCGGGCUGGCUCGGCCCGUCCUCGGUGGCUCUGACGAGUUCCCCUACCCGCGCCGGUGCCGCACAGGCCGGCCACCAACUCGCUCAGAUCGUAAAUCGGAGCAGAGGAGCGCGACCGUGUACGUGCCGAGGGACGAGGGCUUCUCGAAGGUGAAGCAGGAGACGUUGGGGUCGGUGAUACACAAACUACUGCCGUCGGUGGAGACGGCGCUGGUGGACUCGCAGAUGGGCUUCCCUUCCUUCACCGCCAUCGACGAGCUCUUCAACCAGGGCUUUCCGCUGCCGCUCCAAGAUACAACGCACACCUUCCGCACCAUUGUUCCCCGACUCGUGAAGGCGACCACCGCCAGCGCGAAGAAUGUGCUCCUGUUCGAACAACCUGAAAUGAUCGACAGAGAUAAGUUUUCCUGGCUUAAAGACGAAGAAUUUUCCCGGCAGACUUUGGCCGGCUUCAAUCCUCUCAGCAUUCAACUAGUCACCGAAUUUCCAUUGGUAAGCAAGCUCGAUCCAAGCAUUUACGGUCCGCCGGAGUCGCUGAUCACGGCGGAGCUCAUUGAGAGAGAAAUUAAAGGAGUCAUGACCGUCGAUGAGGCGUUGGAGCAGAAGAAGCUCUUCAUUUUGGACUACCAUGAUCUGCUGCUUCCGUUCGUACACAAGGUCCGAGAGCUGGAGGACUCGACGCUCUACGCCUCCCGGACGCUGUUCUUCCUCUCGCCGGAGAGCACCCUGCUGCCGAUCGCCAUCGAGCUCACGCGGCCCGCUUCACCGAAGCAGCCGCAGUGGCGGCAAGUGUUCACUCCCUGCUGGGACGCCACCGGCGCCUGGCUCUGGCGUCUCGCCAAGGCGCACGUCGCGGUCCACGACUCCGGCUACCACCAGCUCGUCUCCCACUGGCUUCGGACUCACUGCUGCGUGGAGCCGUACGUCAUCGCCACCAACCGGCAGCUGAGCCAGAUGCAUCCGAUCUACCGCCUGAUGCACCCCUACUUCCGCUACACCAUGGAGAUCAACGCCUUCGCCCGAGCGACCCUCAUCAACGCCAACGGCAUUAUCGAGCAGACCUUCUCGCUGGGGAAAUACUCCAUGGAGCUUUCCUCCGCCGCCUACGACAAGCUGUGGCGCUUCGACAUGGAGGCUUUGCCCGCCGACCUCAUCCGAAGGGGGAUGGCGGUGGAAGAUCCAGAGGCAGAGCACGGCCUCCGGCUCACCAUCGACGACUACCCCUAUGCCCAGGACGGCCUCCUGAUCUGGUCCGCCAUCGAGCAGUGGGUGGCCGAUUAUGUUGGCCACUACUACCCCUCGCCGGCCGAUGUCGCCGCGGACUCAGAGCUCCAAUCAUGGUGGACGGAGGUUCGCACCAAGGGCCAUGCCGAUAAGCAGCACGAGCCAUGGUGGCCGUCUCUGAACACGCAGGCGGACCUCGUCCGUAUCCUCACCACCAUCAUCUGGGUGGCCUCCGGCCAUCACGCUGCCGUCAACUUCGGGCAGUACCCUUUUGCCGGGUACUUCCCCAACCGCCCCUCCAUCGCGCGAGCAAAAAUGCCGGUGGAGGACGCCAAGGAGGACGACCUGGCGGCGUUCCAGAAGAAACCGGAGGCGGCUCUGUUGCGGUGCUUCCCGUCGGUGAUCCAAGCGACGAAGGUGAUGGCGACCCUGGACGUGCUGUCGGAUCACUCGCCGGACGAGGAGUACUUGGGAAAGGAUGCGGAGGCUGCGUGGACGAAGAACCCGGUGGUGUACGCGGCCUUCGAGCGCUUCAACUGCCGGCUGAGGGAGAUCGAGGCGAUCAUCGAAGGGAGAAACGCCGACCCCACUCUGAAGAACCGGUGCGGCGCCGGAAUCGUGCCGUACCAGCUCCUGAGGCCGUUCUCCGAGCCGGGGGUGACCGGAAUGGGCGUGCCCAAUAGCAUCUCCAUUUGAAGAAUCGCCCUUUGUUUUUCCGUUGCUGGUUUAAGCUUCCAAUAAGUGUAUAACGUAGAAUCUCGUUUCCAAUAAUGUAUGGUCUCCGCCGCCGCCAAAUCUUUCGAUAAAUAUAUAAGCAAGAAGAAGAUAAGAAGUGUGAGCUAGUAUGUGCGAAUAAGUGUAUAACGUAGAAUCUCGUUUCCAAUAAUGUAUGUCUGUUUUCUUUGUAAUUUCCUUCUUGCAAGUUUGUUAUUAUAUUUCUUUCCGUAAUGCUCUUAGUGGCUUUGUUUGAAUAACAUGUUAGUUUAAAAACUUUUCUUA